CCAGUGGACAGGGAUGAUGGAAGUUGCAGUCAAAAUGUUUAGAGGUCACCAUGUUGUGCAAGGCUGUUUCAUUUGGAUGAGUUAUGCAUACUAAUGUUUUACUGCUGAAACUGAUGAAAGGCCAUACUUACUCUAAAGAAAGACACAAAGUCCAGUAUGUAGAAGAAAGCCAUGGGAGAAAAUUCCAAAGUGGCAAGUGGAAUAUUGUAAUACAAACAUUCUGGCCUUGACGGUUUCCUACCUCUAUCACUAUUUCACAACACCAUAAUAAUGACAAUUUGUGUUUGAUUUUUGGCAGGUUGAAAAGAAUUGCUUCAUACAUUAACAGUCCGAAGAUGGCAGAGUCAUACUCCUUGUCUUUCCACACUAUUGGUGGAGUCAGAAACCCCGCAGGUCAACUGGAUACUGGAUACGCCAUGCAAAGAACAAUUAUGAUAAUAACUAUUCCAAUUUGUGCUUUAGGAUUACUUGGCAAUGGAAUUGUCUUCUGGCUUCUUUGGAACAGGAUUCAGAAAACUAACUUCACUGUGUAUUUCCUGAAUAUGGCAGUUGCUGAUCUUACUGUACUCUCCUACUAUGUAACAGCUUUCGUUUUAUUUUUGAAAUCUGUUCCGAUCAGCAUAUACCAUUUACAUAUAGUAGAGUUGGUGCAUUCAUUUGGAUUCAAUGCCAGCACCUAUCUGCUUACAGCUAUCGCAGCUGAAAGAUACCUCAUGGUCUUUUUCCCAGUUUGGUAUCAAGCUAGACGGCCAAAGUAUCUCUCUGAAAUUAUGUGCACCGUUUUAUGGGGUCUGUCCGGCCUGAUGUCACUGGUGUUGUAUUGUGCCUGCUAUCUACAAUUUGAGUCCACGGUCAACGAAAAGAACACAAGUUGUGAGCCUUCAAAAAUGUUCAGAGUGAUAUUCAACCUCCUGGUUUGUCUUCCCAUCAUGGUCUUUUCCACUUUGAUCCUUCUGAUCAGAAUGCUGAGGACAGAGCAAACGCCUCCGGCAAAGCUGGACAUCACCAUUGUGGCCACAGUUCUCCUCUUUAUUCUGUUUGCUGCUUCCGUGAGGAUCAUUGAUAUCAUGGCACGUUGGGUUCCAACCAUACAUGUACCAGUGCUCUUUUUAAUCUUACAUUUUCUUGAUUCCAUAGACAGCAGUGGAAACCCUUUUGUGUAUCUUUUUGUUGGAUAUACAACAAAAGGAGAGGUUGGCGACAAGCCCAUCCAGACAUAUCUUGAGAGAGCUUUCUUGGAUGAAGGAACUGAGAGUGCUCCAAUGAAUACAGGAAAGGCUGUGACCUGGGCCUCAGACAUAAGAUAGAAAGGAUUAUAUGUAGAGGUAUAUUGCAAAAAUAUUCUACACGUGGGAAUACUAGCUCCAGAAUAAAUAUAUUACAGAUACUUUAGAUUCUUCCUUAAUUCUAAUAAUUCUCUAGGCUCCUAUUCCGAUUCCUCACCUAGGAGUCUUCCUGGUCCUUAGCCAUUUGUGCCUUGUCAUGUGAUAGAGAAUAAGGAAAGUGAGGAAAGGACAGAGGAAAGUAGAGGUGUAAGAGUACAUGAGCCUUGCUGGGGCAUAAGUGAGUUGGUUGCUUCUCAAGGUGGUUCAUCAACA